AUGGCUGUACUGUCUCUUCUAAACACACAAUCCCCAUCACAAACCCUAGCCCUCCAACAAUUACCCCAAGGUUACCGCUUCUGUCCUGAUGAGCAAGAACUGGUCCGCUUCUUUCUUUAUCCAAAACUCACUAACCCUCUCGUCACCUCCCUUUCUCCUGUCAGAGAUUGCAACCUCUACGCCCAUCAACCCAAUCAAAUCUGGAACACCUUCCACAGGCUUCAAGGCGAAGAUUUAUUCAUCUUCAUUAACCUCAAAAGGAAAACCCCCGAUUCCAAUAAUUUCACCCGCAAAAUCGCUGGUGGCCCUGCAACAUGGCAUAGAGAGGACAAUAACCAUCAAAUCCAUGUCCCAAUUGACAGAAAUUGCUCUGUGAUUGCCGUUAGGAAAUGCUUUAGUUAUCAAAAUACUCAAUCUGACCAACGGGUAAGCUGCAGUUGGACAAUGUAUGAGUAUAGUUUGUCAUCGCUUUCCCAAGUCAUUGUUUUGUGCCAAUUGAGAAGGAAAGACGACGACAACAGCCACAUAAUGCAAACAACCAAAAAGAGGAAGAGGGUCGCUGACGUUGUUGAUGAUCCAGCGAACACCAUAUACCAGAAGGCCAGGGUUGAUGAAAGCGAUCAGCAGCAAAAGUUUAUCGGGGCAUCAGAAACUGUAUCUGAACUAGUUUUUAAUGAGGUGAAAUUCGACAAUUUUGAGUCCUUUUCUCAUGAAGUUGUGCAGGACUUUGACGAUGAUCAGAUGGCUGUCCAUUCCGUUGCAUCUACUAGCUAUAUUGCAGAAUCAACUGUAUCCACUUCAAAUUGUGAUAAAAGCUUGCAACCAAUUGAGGUUGUAUGCAUCGACAAUAUUGAUGGGGAAGCUUCUGCAACAGAACAGGAUGAUGAUUUCCAUAAGGAGAUUCUUGGGAAGCUAGAUUUCAGUGGUUGCUCUGACAAGAGAGUUGAGGUUCCGACCAUACCAAUAACAGCUGAUGCUGAUCAUGAGGUUCAAGCUACAUCAGUUGGAUCGACUCUAGUUAAAUCCCUUACAACUGAUGUAGUUGAUCAUCAUCUUGACUCUGAAGUUCCAGAUUCCAGUCUUAGAGAUGCUUGGAGAGAGUCGUUUUCGCAAAAGCUUCUACAAGCAAAUCCUACAUGCCUGAUUCAGGAAAAUGAAGUUCAGAUGAUUGCCAAUACUUUUUAUAUGAAGUGUUCAUAUAGAUUUCAUCAAAAGUAA